UCAUGUAACAAAGUCUAUUAAACCGAAUUCUAACAUUACGUUCCUCGCCAUCCGCCAGAUCUUCAUCGACCACCAUGUCUACAAAAUCACAACAAGUUCUUCGCCAUUCCCACAACAUGGAGUCGAGCAGAAUUUCUAAUUCUACGUACAAAACCCUGUAACGACAGUGUAAAAGGAAAAAAGAACCCCCCAAAAGAAACAAUCUAAAGCGAGUGCAAAGCAGAAACUGCCAUAUCCACCGUCAUCACCCACUUCUGGUUCCAACCCAACACCCACAACCCGCAACCACAGAACCAAAUCCCCCAUUCCAAACCUCGUACCAAGCGGAAUGCACCAUCCCGCGGUUACAGCCACUCCCGUUCCAAAACUUCCAGUACAAAUCGCCGUUGCUGCGGCGCUCGCACGUCUCUUCGCUGACGCCGACGCAGUCGGAAAAGCGGCGGAGGUUGCUCCAGAGGUCGCCGCAAACUUUGGGGAUAUCGUUGACGCCUGAGGCGGUGACUUGGUACUCGGUGAUGAAGAGGUUGUGGGGGAUGUAUUUGCAGGUUGCGGCGCUGAGGACGGUUGUUGGGAGGGCGGUGGCGAGGACCGCGGUGGCGAGAAGGGU